CGACGGGUAGCCUCCCAACGUCCUUGUCCUGCUGCAAGCUCACACCGAUAGACUGCCUUCACGUUGGGGCUCGAGGGUCUGUCAUUUACUUGAGCUUGAAAAGAGCAAAGCUUUCAGAUAUGAUGGCAGCCAGAUUUCUGCGCCGGGCUCUCCCUGUGCUGAGGCAGACUCGCUCCUACGCCGAAGCCUCCGGUGCUCCGCAGAUGUCCUUCACUUUCGCCUCCCCGACACAGGUGUUCUUUAGUGAAGCCAGUGUGAAACAGGUCGAUGUUCCAGCACUUACUGGUGUAUUCGGUAUCCUUCCUGCCCACGUGCCCACCCUGCAGGUGCUCAGGCCCGGUGUUGUCACAGUCUUUAGUGAGGAUGGCACCGCUGCCAAAUACUUUGUGAGCAGUGGGUCAGUAACGGUCAAUGCUGAUUCUUCAGUACAGCUUCUAGCAGAGGAGGCUGUUCCCCUCGACCAGCUGGACAUUGCAGCAGCCAAGGCCAACCUGGAGAAAGCCCAGUCUGAGCUGGUUGGUGCAGCCGAUGAGGCGGCGAGGGCAGAGGUUCAGAUCAGCAUAGAGGCCAACGAGGCCAUCGUCAAAGCUCUGCAGUAAACCUGUGGUAAUUUGUUCUGGUGCUUUCAUGAAAACCAACUGACCCUCUGAGAUUCCAGCGCAGAUCCAUCAGUGUCGAGGGGUUUCCAUUCUUUCUUUGUACAGUGGAUGAAAAUAACAAUAAAUUUAUUUGGAAUGGUAUUGUGAGGAUGCUUUUU